AGGCGAAUCACGUGUAGGGAGACCGUUGAUCGUCAUGUCUCUGCUGUAGCAGAGCUCCGUGCUAUAUGUUAUUAUUUGCCUCCAGUUGUCGCUGCACUUUGUUUUGACAGCUGCUUGUUUUCUUUUGCCAUACUCCAUUUUUUUUUUACCGAAGAAUGAGCGAAAACGAUGACAUCGAAGUCGACAGCGAUGCAGACAAGCGAGCACAUCACAAUGCGCUGGAGCGCAAACGCAGGGACCACAUUAAAGACAGCUUCCACAGUUUACGAGAUUCUGUGCCUUCAUUACAAGGGGAGAAGAACUCUGUUAAACAGGCUUCCCGAGCACAGAUUCUAGACAAAGCCACUGAGUAUAUCCAGUUCAUGAGGCGGAAAAACCACACCCACCAGCAAGACAUUGAUGACCUAAAGAAGCAGAAUGCACUGCUGGAACAGCAGGUUCGCGCACUGGAGAAAGCCAAGGGGAACACUCAGCUCCAGACAAACUACUCUUCUGACAGCAGCUUGUACACAAACCGUAAAGGGAGCGCGGUGUCUGCCUUUGACGGCGGCUCCGACUCCAGCUCUGAAUCAGAGCCAGACGAGCCGCCCAACAGAAAGAAGCUGCGUGCGGAACCCAGCUAGGCUUGUGCCGCCCCCGGCUCUCCAAACAGACUCUCUUUACCCACCAGCCCCGACUCCUCUUACUUGUCCGCGCUCAGUCCUGCCUUCUUACGCCAGUCCAGGAGACGAGGUGGAGACUGUGUGAGAGAGGUGCUAUUAUGUAUAAAACGCUUCUACCUUUCUUUUUCCACUUGGCAAGCAUCCUGUCACUCCUCUUUUGGCCCAGCAACAACUUUUAAGACCCACAAAGUGAGGCAGCUCUGCAGUUUUGAAGGACUGAUAUUUUUUGAACCUCAUGAUAACCAUUCAUAAUCAAAUGUGGAGAAGACAAGGUAUGAAGCUUUAGUAAAGCUACAAAAAAAAUAACCUUUUUUUUUCUUUUGGUUGUUUUGACCAACCUCUGCAAUCUGGUGGAGGAGUUGUCAAACUUUACGACCUUUGAGAAAAUGGUAAUUAGGGUAGUUUACCUUUUUAAUAUUCAUACUUUUCCAGAAAAAGAAUGUGAAGUUGCUUUUGAAAAAAAUGUAUGUUAUGCAAGAUGCAACCCUCCUUCUUCAGUGUAGGUGGCUGAAGUUUUUGUCUUUGAAAAUGUUUGUGUAAUCAAAUGAAUCCUUCUAUUUAUAGUGAUGCACCAAAAUUGAUUUCUUACCCUUAUAUAUUCUUAUGUCUGAUCUCCCUUAUGUUUGGCUUGAGAUUUUCCACAGAACACAGGAGGAUGAACAAGUUGACCUGUUGUUUUAGAGGAUUUUUCACAGGUUCAACUAUUUAUUUCCCUCUAUUUUUAUUAUUAUUAAAUGAAAUGUGGGUAUAAAAAAAUCCCCUAAUGGAUACUGAAUGUUACACAAUGCAGUUAAAGGGCAGUGAUCUUUAUUUUUGUUAAUGGAAGUCCAUGUCAGUGUGUAGUAUAUAACACUGUAUACUCUUAAAUGGUGUCAGCUCUGCAAAAGAAAAGCCUUCCCUUGAAAUAUUUGCCUGUGCUGGGAACGUUUAUCUUUCUUUUUUUCCUUCUUGCAGAGGUAAAUUAGUGUGUACGUAAUCGAUAUUUGUUUGUUCCAUUCCAUGGAAAUUACAGGUAUGUUGUACAUACUGCCAACGGUUGUCUUGCAAGUUAAGGCAUACCUUUAUUAUGAGACUAUAAAUAAAACUAUUUUAUCCUUUUGGGAUGUA